AUGGGCCGAAAAGUCUGGGCUUCGGGCAUUGCUUCGUGUGAAGAGCGCUUGUCCAACGAUGCAACCGGUGUUGCGACCAGAACACGCUUCGGGAAUCAAGGCAUGGUGUUGGAGAACAUUCCGUACGUGGGCCUCGUAAAUCAAGGCAGCACAUGCUAUUUAAACUCUGUAAUACAGGUGCUCUUUCACCUGCCGUCUUUUCGCCGUAUGCUAUACUCCGUGGAGAACCCAGAGCCUGGUUCUAUAACGCUAGCAUUGCGUAACAUUUUUGCUCAGCUUAACUGUGCAACGUCUUCUGUGUCUACAAAUGAGCUAACAGAGGCGUUUGGAUGGGAAAACAAUGAAGAGUGGAUCCAGCAUGAUGUGCACGAAAUGCUGCAGAAAUUGCUUGAUAGCUUGGAGACUGUAUGCAAAAAUACACCGUUGGAGAAUAUAGUUCGGGAUCAUUUCUACGGUGAAUUGACGUACAUCACACGUACUGUAGACGGUGUAGCCCAUACGCUCUACCGUAAGGAGGGCUUUCAUGAUGUUGAGCUACUUGUCAAAAAUAAGAAUACAAUCGCUGAAUCAUUUUCUCAAUGGGCUGAACCUGAGCGAAUCGAAGGUGUAUCACUGGAGUUUGAAAAAGACGGGCCCAGUACUAUUCAUACUGUUGAGCGGUGCCAACGGUUUACGAGGCUCCCACGUGUUCUAUUGAUACACCCCAAUCGUGUAGAAUUUUGUAUGGAGUCAUUUGAAGUUAAAACUUUACACAGCAAGUGGACAUUUCCAUUAACUCUGGAUCUUGAACCAUACCUCCUCCAAGAUGAUAAAAAUACACCGGAUACUUUUGAUUUUGGAACUGUAUACGACCUGCGUUCUGUCGUGGUACACCAAGGUGUGGCAGAGAAUGGGCAUUAUCUCGCUUACGUUCUUCUUGAUGAGGGUUGGAUGUACUUCAAUGACGCGGUUGUCUCGCGCGUUCCCGAGGAGGAUGUAAUGAGGGCGGCAUGGGGUGGCGAGGUUAUAGGUUCCUCUCACGACUCGAAUGAGCGGGCAUCGCUUCUCUUGUACGUCAACCGCACAGUUGCGAAUGAGCUGCUGACAGAGGAGCCUGUUCCCGAAAACAUUAAAGAAGUUGUAAGGUCGAUCGUCACGAACCGCGAUCGUAAAUGGAGAGGACGAUGGGAGAGUGUCUCAUUUCAAUAUUUCACGGAUGUGGAGAGUCUUACCAAUGUGCUUGAGGACAUCCCUGACGCUGAUGAAGGUGCGUCAACGGUAACUGUUCACGCGGCGUCAUCCUUGCAGGAGGUGCACGCGGCCAUUGCCACAGCUAUCGGUCAGACACCUGACCGUAUUCGGGUGUGGAUGUAUGAAGGGGGUUCUCCGAGUGGUGUGACAUGCGCCCGACUUCACACUGAUGUAAGAAGUCAGGGCCGACUCUUUGUUGAAACUCUCCCAGCAUCAAAAGACACACUGGAUCCAGCGUCUUUUGAUGAGGCCUUUUUCGUGAUAGUUCGCUCUACUUGUAAUAAUUCAUUGGUAUCCCAUGGCGUUCUUCACGGACGGGGAGAGAUAAAGGCGCUCAUGGAGACGUACAAGAGACCAAUGAAGUGCUUUGUUUGUGAGUAUGGCCUUAGUGUGAGUGAGGUGCAGAUAGACGAGAUUUUACCUGGUUUCAGUGUUAUCAUCUGCCCUUUGGAGAUGUCUGAAAAUCAUGUGGUGGAGAUGCUACGCCAGCGUCAAUUCAGGGAAGUUACUGUUUUUCUUCUUGACCGAUGCAAAGCAGGGAAAUGGACGCCUAUAGGCAGCUUUCGUUUUGAUGAAAGUACACCAUAUACUAAAUUCCAGCAGGAAACUUAUCGACUCUUAUCUGCUGCUCAUCAACCCCUCCCACCUUCACCAGAAUACAUUGGAUUUCAUUGUUCCAUGAUUCGUGGUGAAGAGGGACCUUCACUUGCCGUAUGCCCGCUCUAUAACACAAAUCCAGAACCGGUAGCACUUAGUAUAAUUAUGCAGGGUUCUGGAGGAAGGGGAGUUCUCUACUGUGCCCUGCUUCCUGCUCCUCUAUGCACACUCGACACAGUACGUCUUGUAUUAUUCAACAUUGGUGGUGGAAUACGGUUCACUGUGUAUGUUGAAAGACGUUGCUACAAACUUGGAGAGUUGUAUUCUCUUGCGAUGCAGCAAGGGAAAUCUUUUAUUCCACAGAAGUUAUAUGCAUAUCUUAACCAAAGCAUCAAAGAGGGCAAACCAGCGUUGCGUCUUCUGAAGGUUUCCUCUGGUCGAGUUCAGUGUGCUUUUUCGGACCCAGGUGAGACAGUUUUGGACAUUCCGGACCUUUAUGUGAUAGAUGUGUUAACGGAGUUAGGUGCCGGUUUUUCCCGGGUGGACGUGCUCUUCUGCGACCGGCGGUCGGGAGAGUCGUAUUUUGGAUUUCCAACAAAUAUUGCUGUGUCGAACACGUACGAAGAGACGGGGGCGGAUAUUGCUAAGCGUCUGGCGGAGAAGAUUCUUCCCACACCAGAGACGGAUGAUAUUGCGCGGUGGAUCGUCGCUGUGAAGGGGAGAUCAGGGGUGUGUCGGACGGUUGGGAAGAGAGACACUCUAAAAAAGCUUGUGGAGGAAGUUAAAGGAGAUAUCGAAUGCAUUAUAGUUGACCGGCCGCAGUUGAUAUCGAUAGAUGGCAUAGUGGAGAGACAAAAAUGCCCUGAACAAUCCAUAACUAUUCGAGAUACUUCUGCACAGGACCUUACCGCGUUGAACAGCCGGCAAACCUCAACGAGGGACUUGGCCUCAAUGGAUAAAUGA